GCAACGAAAAUCUCCGAACAUCUUCCCACAUUUUCCCGACGUCUAAACCCCCCGGUCUUUAGGCUCUGGAUAGGGGGCGAGGUACAGAGAGACUGUGAGAAGAAGCGUUUAUCUAGGUAUACACGUCCUCUCUCUAUCUCACUCAAUUAUUCCAACAUUUUGAAGAAGGCUCCUUAAGGUUGCGCGGGGACACUGAGCCCGAGCCGCGUGGCAGAGGAACUGUCCGUCAGCUGUGCUUCCUUGCAGUGAUGUCCAUUGCUCACAUGGGAGACAAAGCCAAAAUGACGAUCCUGAGAGCAAUUACAAUGUCAGUUCUGUUGUGUUCAGUUUUCUCUUCAAAGUUGAAAGCUAAAGACAUACCCAGGAUAGCCUUCUUUGGGGAGGAUGUAGAAAUCCUCACUUCCCUGACAAGGAGCACGGAGGUCCUCUUUAAGCCCAGCUUUCUGGUCCUGGGGGGUUCUGAAAAGGUUCUGAUGAAAGAUGGGAACAUCACAGACAACAGGGUCACGCUGAACCACCUGAACCACCUCGUCCUGGAGAAUGUGGGGGAGGAUGACGAGGGAGAGUAUGUGAUCACGAAUGAUGACCCACAUUCUGUGAAACGCAUCAAGCUCAUUGUCAGAGAUUGUUCCAAUGAACAGAAUGUUAAAUACGGCGAAAUUUACAACAUCCCCAUGCAUGACGUCUCUCUACCAAUCAUAUUGGAGUUCAGGCACAGUCCCAACGAGAUUAAUGAUAGUGUUGGCCCAGUGACAGUGCUAUUGAACCAAUCCUUGACUCCUACGGAGGACUACAAGACCCGUCUUAGGGCAUCGGAGCAGAGGGUGAGCUUGCAUGGGGUCACCCGGGCAGACGAGGGCAGUUACACUAUCCUGGAUUCUGAGAUGAAAGUCAAGAAGAAGAUGUGCUUGAAUGUGAAAGAGCACCAGCACUUUGCUCACCUGCCAUACGCUGGGACCUUGAAGAUACACCUGUACCUGAACCGAUCCCUAGUCAAAGUGUUCUACACUCCGGAAUCUGACUCCAAGCGACGACUUGUGCUGGACCAGGGGGAGCUGGUGGUGCCCAUGGAUGCCAGUCUGGAUGGUCGCUUCUUUGUUGAGGGCUCUUUGUGCAUUCUUGAGCACGUCCGCGUCACAGAUAAAGGACUCUUCCAAGUGACUGACCUGGAGGACUUCCCCGUGUCCAACGUAUACCUGACCGUUGACCCCUACAAGCUGCCGUCCCUUUAUGUGGCCAUCAUCUCACUGCUCUCCUUGCUGGCCUUCCUGCUUUGCGUCUGCUUAUUCUCUUGCAUGCUGAAAGUGCAUCGUCGGGCUGAGAAGGCCAAGGCCAUCGCCAAGAUCGCCCAGCACGCCGGCAAGGAGGAGGGCGAGACCUUCCGCCAGGUGGUCCAUGAUGCCUAUGCCCGCUUCACAGAGGAGUCAUCUCUGCAGUCUCAGUGGGACAGCAACACCGACAAAACUGAGGUGGACAUCAAGGGCUUAGAGGUCUCCAAGCCGGGCCAGUACAGGCCCCUCUCUCCAGACAAGAACAACAUGGAGACCAGCGACUCAGGAGUGGAAUUCAACACGGCAGCCUUGCCCCUGGACAGCGACACAGACGGCCUGCCAACAUACACGUCACAGAAGCUCCUCCUGGAUUCUGAGUUGAUGAAUGGCACCGCAGUUCCUGAGGAAAAAAUGAACGGGCAGGCUGAAAUGGACGUGGAUUAUAAGCGAAAAUACAAAAACCUGAAGCGGAAACUGAAAUUUCUCGUUUACGAGCAAGAAUGUUUCCAGGAGGAGUUGAGGAGGGCGCAAAGGAAACUACUCAAGGUGUCCAGAGAUAAGAGCUUUUUGUUAGAUAGACUGUUACAGUAUGAGAGAGUGGACGAAGAUUCGUCUGAUUCUGAGGCCACAGCUUCCUCAGAUAACAGUGAGGGGGAAGGACUGAAGGACAGAGAGCGAGAAGGUGUUAAAAAGAGGAGAGGCAGCCCUGGCAUUCCCCCCCUUGCCUCGUCUUCAUCGCCUCAUCUCUCCCUUCUUUCUCGCCCUGGGAUGAAUCCUCUCCAGCCUGCAGCAUCUACACCCUACCUCAGUACUCUGCCCUUCCCCCCAGAGUAUUUGGCCCCCUCCGCUGAACGAGGGAAGAAAGAGAGAAAGGCAAAGACGACCAAACACAAGAAAGACUCUGCGGGGAAGGCUGUGGGCCCUGCGACUUCUAACUACCCCUCUUCUGCGGCUUCCCCGGCCCCCUCUGGCGCCCCCUUCAGCUGGGUGCCCAGGCAGAUGCUGAGUGGGGAUGCACCAGAGGACGAGGGGGAGAGCGAGGGAGACAGCGACAGGGCUGAGGAGGAGAGGGGCGAGGGAGAGGAGGCCGAGCUGGUCAUCGACAUUCCCAACGAGUGACGGCCCAUAGAGCGCAAGAUUGGAUUAUUUUUAUUUCAUUCCUUUUUAUUGUAAUUGAAUUUAAUACCGAAAAGUUCAAAUAAACCCAUUAUUUCAAAUCA